AGCGCAAUAAAUAGGUUCCAUUAAAACGAAUAAUAAAUAAAUGCAUGGCUGGGCUAAUAGUAAUAUGGCUUGGUAAUUAGGCUUUUAGUAGCCUAUUAGAUCCUUGUUCUUAAUAUUUUAUCAAUAACGAAUUUAACAAGUCUAGCAUACAAGCUUAACCUAUAAAAAUCUGAAUGCCUGCAAGGUCAUUCUGCCGCUCAAAAACAUUUCGGAAGCUUAUCCAAUUAAUUUGAUUGCUGUUUUGGGUUAAACAUUAGCCUAUACUCAUUGCCGGAAUAGGCCAGAAUUGAAUUGAUGCCUGCUGCUAAACCUUAACCCGUUGGUUGACAGGUGAAGUGAGCACCACGCGGACAGAGACCCUCUCGAGACCACCAUGCACCGCUGGAUGCAAGACCUUUUACACUGCCAAUUGUAGCCUGCACCUCUCUCUGUUCCACCAUCUAUCCCUUCAUCCGUAUCCCUUCUUCCUUCCCACUCAAACUCUGUAACCCCUCCAUGUCUGCCCAAUGAGAACGAGGAGCUGUCAGAAACGCUCCCCUAGCCCCCGGCCUCUCAUCUCCCUCCCCCGUCGCCCACCCCUCUCUCUUCCUCUCUCGCUUACACACCCUCCCACUCUCUCACACACACGUUCAGCUCCCGCAGCUCAGAGCCGGUGAGUUUAUCUUCCACACGUUGAUAACGGAGAGACGCCGCAAGCCUCGUACCCAACGGAACACUGACUGAACCGAGAAGACUUUGCUGGCUGAUUCUGGUGCUGAUUGUGGCUCCAGUUAUUAAUUUAGCACAACUUUCACUCUGGUUUUUGACUUAAUAAACAUAGGCUACUUCUUUGGUGAAAAGAGCUUUGAAUGUACCAAGGAGCUUUUCUUAAGAAAGUCUGAGGAAACGUUUUUUGAAGGAAUCGCGUCGGGGUUCAUACCCUUGUUAUUUGUGGACCGUCUGGUGGAGCGCGUGGACAUGGUGCACAGACACUGCCUUUCAAACUCAUGACAGCCGUUAGUGUACACCGGCCGCGCCACAGGGAAUCAAACACCGGACAACGAGGCCUAUGGCUGGCAUUGCAGCUGACCGCUUCUGAUUAAAUCGGGGACUUUUUGUUUUUAAGUGUCGGGGACCUCAUCUCAAGUCAGAUCCAUCACCAAGAACAAGACCCACCAAGCCAUGUUUGGUUUAAGUAAGGCUCAAGGCUCGCCGGUUACCAGUAGAAUGGCUAGCUCGGCGGGGUUAAGGCACGGGCCACGAAGUGGGACAUCCUCAUGUGAGAGCCAUGGUGCCAGCUCGCGGAUAUACUGCGCCUGUCUCCUGCUUCUGCUCGUGCUCACGCCCAGGGUGGAUUCUUCAUGGUGGUACAUUGGUGCGCUGGGGGCCCGUGUGAUCUGUGACAACAUCCCGGGCCUGGUGAACAAGCAGCGUCAGCUGUGUCAGCGCCACCCAGACAUCAUGCAGUCCAUCGGGGAAGGGGCCAAGGAGUGGAUCCGGGAGUGCCAGCACCAGUUCAGACACCACCGCUGGAACUGCAGCACCCUGGACCGGGACCACACCGUUUUCGGGAGGGUCAUGGUGCGCAGUAAGUUCCUUGGGGACGGCCGGUCGCGUCUGCAACAAGUCGUCUCGCGGUCUGACGGCUGUGAGGUCAUGUGCUGUGGGCGGGGCUACGACACCACGCGAGUCAAGCGCAUCACCAAGUGUGAGUGCAAGUUCAAGUGGUGCUGCGCCGUGGAGUGUAAGGACUGCGAAGAGGCCGUGGACAUACACACCUGCAAGGCCCCCAAGCGAGCCGAUUGGCAGACCAGACCUGAGGGACAAUCUGCAGGACAUGGCAUUCUGGGAAAAUGUGUCAAGACCUGCCGCUUCUCUCCAGUUCCCCGUUGCAUGGCUUCUAUCCUGUCUCUGUGA